AUGCUCUAUUACUGCAUCGUUGUUGGAAUUUUUGCUCCUCAGAUUCUGAAUGGGCCGUGUUAUGUCGUGCGCGUUAUCUACGGGAUGGUAUACCGUCUGCUAGGUANGGCUGUGUUAUGUCGUGCACGUUAUCUACGGGAUGGUAUACCGUCUGCUAGGUAUUUUUCCUCUUCAAUCUGGCUUGGGCUGAAACUGUACGUUAAUACAGUUCAGCAAAACUCACGAUGGCUCAUUGGAACGGGUGAGAGAGUUCGCUUCUGGACUGAUAAUUGGCUGGGAACUUCUCUUACCGAGCGACUGCAGCUACCACAGCAACUCUGGCCACGCCUAAUAGCUCCGGCCGCUUCAUAUAUACAUAACGGUGCAUGGCGCAUACCAGACUGCAUUCAGGAAAUUGAUCCAUCUGUCGUGCAGCAAAUACGGCGUGUCAUUUUACCGGUUGCUGCACUUCCAGAUUGA